AUGUACGCCGUGUACUCUUACUCGGUCCGAUGGAUCCUCAUCAACGACAAACAAUAUCCAGAUACCGAAGCUCGGAGCCAGUUUGCCUCAAUGAAGAACAAUCUUGCUUGUGGCCUAUAUCAUCAGGCGAGGAAAGACAUGUAUGCGAUCAUGUCUUUACCUUCCUAUCGAUCUGUCCUUGCACUAUAUCUAUUCGCGAUCAUCCCGAGCUCGAUCCAUGCUCAGGGUGACAGUUUCAACGAUCUAUGCCUGGAAGCAUCUCUGAGUCAUCAGGUCUACCUUCAGACCAGAGCACAAAUGCCCUCAUCAAGUGGAGACUCGAUUGCGAGUCUGCUUGACCGAGGUGCUUUUUCCAGCACGAAUAUCACCUUAAUACAAGAAGACUCACCGCUGGACACCGAAAAGCAGGAAUUUCAGUCUAUGUCGAGACUGGCCUUCUGGUUUGGAGUCAUCUCUGACACAACGAGAGCCUUGACGCGUUGCAGGCCAUCAAUCAUGCUCCCUGGGAAUACUGGUGAAUCAAAAGUGUGGUCGACUGUCCGGCAACGUACACAAUUGUUCGAACCACAAUUCGAGUCUCUUCGCGCACAGCCAACACCCUUCACUGAUGACCAGGUGGUUGCCGUUCUCCAGCACGCAUUCCCGCUCAAAACCUUGGUCUGGGCUGCAAUCACUAGGGUCCAAGACGCCCUUGUCCACCAACUCUCUGGCAUAUCACUUGCCGAAGCUGUCGACAAUGCCAGAAAGGAGAGUAAUCUUUUUGAACAAACUUUUGGGCAGCUCUUUAUUGGAGUAAGUGAGAGACAAGACAGACGAGACCACGUUAUCAGCCCACUAACAGAAGCUCCAGCACUGCUGAAUAUUCACUUUCAAGUUGGCAAUCUAAUCUUGGUCGACGCGCUACCGUCAACAUUCGUCUUCAUUGACCAGAACACCACCCCGUAUGACCUACGACUCUGCGCGUGUCGAAGCAUUAUCAUCGCGCUCAAUCUCGCCUUACAGACUCGAUACCUGGGUACCGACAAUGUCGUGCGCCCUAAUAUCCUCCUUCUCGAUCCUUACCCUGACCUCAUGGCCAAUGCCAUCAUCCGGACCGGCUCUUCCAUUUUCAUUCUGUACAACAUGCAAAAAUUAACCACCGAAAGUGCCCUUACCAUGUUUGCGGUCGUCAUUUCUGCUCUCGAGGUACUCGCAGAAAUAUCAUAUACCGCAUCAGCGGCUAUUCCACUCCUCAAGCAGCGGUUUGAGGGGUCUGGCAUCGAUCGAAACGCCAUUUUCAACAACGAUGUGCUUCAUCAGGCCGCGGCUUCGGUGUCGGCUGCUGUCGAUAAGGAUCUGUUCGACGCAGAUGUCCUCCAGCAACUGGAACAGCAGGCCACGGACCACGCAUGGAUCGAUCGCGUGGUGCAGCAAUCCGAGGAGAGUCCAGCCCCAUUACAACUAUCAGAAGAGAUGGAGCCAAUUGAUCUUGAGCUCUUCUCACGAGACUGGACCUUCGACGUAUGA